GAGAGAGGUUGGUACAUGUAUGAAGGAAGAUAGAGAGCUUAGAAUGAGUGCGCACAGCGAAGACAAGUCUUCAGAGACAGUCCUGGAACAAACCGAGACAUCAGGAGGAGAAGCGUGUUACCCACCUACCAUAACGUCUCCGGAUCCCGAUGAUGAGUCUGUAUUCUACGAUAAUGCAAGAGUGUCCAGAGGGAGCCAGGAGGAGAGACCCCGAGCAUGGAAGUCCGCUCCCCCAUCCCCAGCCAGCGAAAGGAGAGGUAUCUCCGGCUCUCUUCUUUCCCUCAACACUGAAGAGUUCCUUGAACUCCUGUCCACCGUCCAGACCAGGCGCUUCGAAGAGCAGAGGGCAGAGUUACCCCCUCUUCGGCCCCGUCACACCCGACACUUCUCUUUCCCCAGCUAUCGCCAGUUAUCCCUCCCCUCGGACGAGAAAGGGAUUCUCGUGGAGUUACGUCGGAGGAGAGGUGGCUCAUUGACUAGAAAGAGUUACAAGAAGAAACUUCCCACUCUAAAUAUCCCGGCCCAGGAGGAACUCUAUAACACCAUCCUGGGACAUCAGGCCGAGAGAAUGGAGGAUCAGCGCUGCUCUCCGCCGAUACCCCAAUCCGCCGCCGACUUAUUCGAGAUUCUUUUCCGCGUGCAGGGAAAUCGUAUGGAUGAACAGAGAGUGGAGCUUCCUCCCCCAUUGGCGAAUGCUUGUUAAUUUGGCAUGUCGGGUUACGCCGUUGCCCCCCCAUUACCCUACCUGUUUUAUUUCAAUGAAUUUAUGUUAUUAUCCUUGUAAAGUUUGGGACCCCCAUACAAGACCACCAUCAGAGUAGCGCAGCCAUUACAGCCUCUACACUAUGUGCUCCCCUCACAUCCCAAUCAUUAACCCCAACUUUUACAUGGCGGGGGCAACACGAGGACAACUCUUCUUCUUUAACACGAUGGGCUCUGGGGGGAGAGGGGGUAGACCUGGUGUCCACCUUGGAGGAUUAACCUGGGGCACGGACCCAACGCCCUGUCCCCUUAUAAUUAACGUUGGCUUAACGUACUUUCUUCUUGGCAGUUCUUUGACCGCUUAGUGGCAUAGUGGGACGAGAGACGGCCUGCUGCGGGUUAUGGAAAUACUAUAGCGGGGAGAGGGUACAUUUAUAAUAGUGGGACCCCCAGUGAGCUAUGGCGAAAUAAUGGCCUUGAUUUUUCAUUAAAAAAAAAUAGCUGGAUCAUAAGGGGGGUGAAGGUUAGAAGAAUUUGGUAUUUCUUCCCUAGGAAGGGGUGUUCCUUGUGAAGAAUUCUUAAUAUUUUGCCAAAAGCAAGAAACCUCCUUCCUGUUUCCUGGAACACAAAAUAGGGAGGAAUGGUAAAGCUUCCGCGACUUUACUUCAUCUGCCCAAUAAAGACUUUCUACAUAUCAUCCCGAAGCCGUAUCUAGAAGACUUCUCUAGAAAAACCGAGAUGAAUACUCGAUCUACGGGGACCCGGGAGCUCAGCUGACGUCCGUGAGACCUUGGAGCGUCUGCGUUAAAUCUAGAAUGGAUUCCCUAUUGUGCUCCGCGCACGCGUUCUAGAACCAUUUGGAUCAAAGGUUUUCGGCCGGCAUUAAACAUUUUUAGUUUUUAA